GGGCGCCGGGGUCGGGUCGCCGGCUCCGGUGGCCGACCGACGUCGAUCAGCAGCUGACUGGGAGCCACGUCGUCAGGACGGGUGGGCACCGGCGGCCUGCCGCCCAGCCGAGCCGAGCCUCGAGGCCAGCGAUGGACGGCCCCACUGCGCAGAACAUCGUGAACAUGUCGUCGGAAGUGAUUCUGGUGACCGGCGGUGCUGGCUUCGUCGGGUCACACACAGUGCUCGAGCUUCUCAACGCCAAUUGGAGCGUCGUGGUGAUCGACAAUCUCGUUAACGCUGCCAAAGGUGGCUCCAAGCCGGCCAGCCUGGAGCGGGUGGAGAAGUUAACUGGCAAGAAGGUCGAGUUUCACGAGGCAAACCUCCUGGACCGAUCAGCUCUCACCAGGGUCUUCAAGCUGUACACCAUCCACACAGUCAUUCACUUCGCCGCUCUGAAGGCCGUGGGCGAGUCAGUAGAGAAACCUCUAGAAUACUACAAGAACAACAUAAACGGCACUACCACGCUGCUCGAGGUGAUGAGGGAGAAGGGCGUCAAGUCGCUGAUAUUCUCGUCGUCUGCCACUGUGUACGGCUGUCCCAAGUACCUCCCGGUCGACGAGAAACACCCCACCGGCGUGGCCAUCACAAACCCGUACGGCCGCACCAAGUACUUCGUGGAGGAGAUACUCAAGGACCUGUGCGCUGCCGAAAAGGACUGGAGCGUCACGCUGCUGCGCUACUUCAACCCAGUGGGCGCCCACGAGUCGGGGGACAUCGGCGAGGACCCGAACGGGCCGCCCAACAACCUGAUGCCGUACGUGUCUCAGGUGGCCGUGGGCCGCCGGCCGCAGCUGCAGGUGUUUGGCGGCGACUACGACACGCCAGACGGCACAGGCGUGCGUGACUAUCUGCACGUGGUGGACCUGGCCCGUGGCCACCUGGCAGCGCUGCCCAAGGUGUCCAUACCGGGCUGCCACAUCUACAACCUUGGCACGGGCAGCGGCUACUCUGUUCUGCAGGUGAUAGACGCUUUCCAAAGAGCCUCGCGACAGAAGAUAAAAUACCAGGUGGUGGCUCGACGACCAGGCGAUGUGGCCUCUCUGUACGCCGACUGCUCGCUCGCCGAGCGCGAGCUCGGCUGGCGCGCCCAGCUGUCGCUCGACGACAUGUGCGCCUCCGCCUGGCGGUGGCAGCAGAAGAACAAGUACGGCUUCUCGCCACCGCCCGAUGGUGGCGCUGAUCACUGAGGCGGCCGCCGCUGGCUGACGGCCAGCGCGCGGGGCAGCCUCUCCGGGUUCGCCACCAUCAGCUAGUGAUGAGCGCCUAGAGCCGCACAACCCAUGUCGAGCAUAUCGCCGAUGACGACCUUCCGGCGGCCUCGUGGCUUACAGUGUUGUCACUUGAACGGUGUACAACUGAUCAUCAGUCCCGAGCUAUGGGUGGCGGAAUGCCUGUAGACACUGCACAGCAGGGACCAGUGGCCUGAAACAUGCAUAGCUAGUGUAGACAGACCGUGUGUUGCAUAUGAAACCAUCCUUUAAGGCGGUUUUUAUC